AAGACCAUCGUUGGAGUGGACAUGAGAUGCGGCAAAUGCAAGAAGCACUUCAUGACCCACGACACGAACUACGUGGACACUCUCCCUUCAGAGGAGCAGGUCAAGAGUUUGUCACCGCCAAGGGCAAUGGAAGCCACAUUUCCCUGCUGCGCUUACUUCAGUCAGGUUUGACUGUGGCCCAAGUGGAGCGGUACAUCGAGCAUGAGAUCCGGGAAUGCUGAAGUCGAAGUACAUCGAACUUUGGGACAAGGUGAAUGCUAUGCGUGGUGUUGGCAAGGUGAACGUGGCUCCCCGCGACGCCUUUCCUCCAUUCCUUUCCCAUUAUGUUCCGUGCAGACCGCAC